UACACCGGUUCAAAUUGAACAAAUACAAACCUAUGUCAACGUAAAAAGUUACAACACGUGUUAACUAAUUAAAUGUGUGUUUUUGUGUUCCCUCGCCUUUUCUUCAUGCAGUGUAUUCUCAUGUUAAUAUCUUGAGCUGUUGAUAAAAGUGAGGACGCUCCGUGUUUCUGGGAGGACGAGGCGGAACUGGACAUCUGUAGUCUUUUUUUGACGUUAGCGUAAAUUCGCCGCAAUGGCGGACGUAGCUGCAGCCGCUGUUGGAGCUGGUUCCGAUGUAAACACAGCUGGAAACCCGACAGAAGUCGCCAUGGCGUAUUUACAAGACGAGAAGACUGAUGGAGACAUGACCAAUCUAAACCUGGGAGAGCUGGACCUCACCACCGAUGAGUUCAUCUUGGAUGAAGUGGACAUUCAUAUCCAGGCCAAUCUGGAAGAUGACCUCGUGAAGGAGGCGCUCAAAACGGGGGUUGACCUCCGUCAGUACUCCAAACAGGUGGAGUCAGAGUUGCAGAGGAUCGAGCAGGCCUCCAUCAAAGACUACAUCAAGGAGAGUCAGAACAUCGCUUCGCUGCACAACCAGAUCACCGCCUGUGACUCCAUACUGGAGCGGAUGGAGGGCAUGCUGAGCGGCUUCCAGAGCGACCUGUCCUCCAUCAGCAGUGAGAUCCAGACACUGCAGCAGCAGUCGGUCAGCAUGAAUGUGAGGCUGAAGAACAGGCAGGCAGUGCGCAGCCACCUCAGUCAGCUGGUGGACGAGCUGGUGGUGCCCGGCGCCAUGAUCUCCACCAUCCUGGACAGUCCGGUGACGGAGCAGGAGUUUCUGGAGCAGCUCCACGAACUCAACAACAAGAUCAACUUCGCCAAAGAGCUGAGCUUCAGAGAGACGCUGGCCUGCUCUGACAUCCAGGACAUCGUUGACCGCCUCAAACUCAAGGCGGUGUCAAAGAUCCGAGAGUUCAUUCUUCAGAAGAUUUACUCCUUCAGGAAGCCAAUGACCAACUACCAGAUCCCUCAGAACACUCUGCUUAAGUACAGAUUUUUCUAUCAGUUCCUUUUGGCCAAUGAGAGGACGGUCGCCAAGGAGAUCAGAGAUGAGUACGUCGACACCAUGAGCAAGAUUUACUACAGUUACUUCAAGUCGUACAGCAGCAGGCUGCUCAAAGUGCAGUAUGAGGAGGUUGCAGACAAAGACGACCUGAUGGGAGUAGAAGACACGGCCAAGAAAGGUUUCUUCUCCAAACCGUCUCUGAAGAGCAGGAACACCAUCUUCACUUUGGGCCAGAGGGGCGCUAUCCUGAGCCCCGCCGAGCUGGAGGGGCCCAUCCUGGUCCCGCACACGGCCCAGAGAGGAGACAGCCGGUAUCCAUAUGAGACGUUGUUUCGCAGUCAGCACUACGCUCUGCUGGACAAUGGCUGCAGAGAGUACCUCUUCCUCUCAGACUUCUUCAUGGUGGCAGGAAACUCGGCGCUAGACCUCUUUAACAGCAUCAUGGGGAAAACUCUCAGCAUGUUCCUGAAGAGCAUGUCCACGUACGUGUCCGACUGCUACGACAGCAUCGCCAUCUUCCUGUGCAUCCACAUCAUCCUCCGGUUCAGAGCCAUCACCGCCAAGAGGACGAUCCCCGCCCUCGACAAGUACUGGGAGGCAGUGCUGGAGCUGCUGUGGCCGAGGUUUGAAAUGAUUCUGGAGAUGAACAUCCACAGCAUCAGAAACACAGACCCUCAGAAACUGGGAUUGCUUGACACCAGACCACACUACAUCACGCGUCGUUACGCAGAGUUCUCGUCCGCCAUCGUCAGCAUCAACCAGACAUUUCCCAACGAGAGGACACACACUCUGCUGGGACAGCUGCAGGUUGAGGUAGAAAACUUUGUUCUGAAGAUGGCAGCAGAGUUUCCCUCCAGAAGAGAUCAGCUCAUCUUCCUCAUUAACAACUACGACAUGAUGCUGAGCGUCCUCAUGGAGAGGGCAGCAGACGACAGCAAAGAAGUGGAAGGUUUCCAGCAGUUGCUCUUGGCGAGGACGCAGGAGUUCAUCGAAGAGAUUCUGUCUCCUCCCUUUGGAGGGAUGAUUGCCUUUGUGAAGGAGGCCGAGGCGUUGAUGGAGAAAGGGCAGCUCGACCGGCUGAAGAACGAGGAAGCUCGUAUCACUCAGCUGGUUCGAGGGUUUUCCAGCACGUGGAAACAGUCGGUGGAGUCGAUGAGUCAGGACGUCAUGAGGUCCUUUACCAACUUCAAAAAUGGAACCAGCAUCAUACAGGGCGCUCUGACCCAGCUGAUCCAGUACUACCACGGCUUCCACAAGAUCCUGAACCAGCCGACGUUCCGCAGCCUGGCCGUCCGCUCUGAGCUCAUCAACCUGCACCACCUGAUGGUGGAGGUGAAGAAGCACAAGCCAAACUUCUAACACAUCAACAGAACAGACUGAAACAUGAGCGUGAAAACAGGCGGAGGUCUGGAGGAGUUGAUUCCCUCCUGUUUCCUCCUCCGUUGCUCUCAGCUGUCGUUAACAAAGCAAGACUUUUCUAAGGAAUGAGUCAUUGAUAUGAACCAAGUCGUUGAGUGUCUUUAUUUUUUUUUUGUGCUGAGGUGUGAAGCUGUACAGCCGCUGCUCAUCAGAUUUGAAGUUCUAAUCCUUCAGAUUUCGGUCUCGUGGCUACUGUUGAGUCGUACUGUUUUGGAUGAGCGACCUCAUGUGUUUUCUGUGGCUGCUUCACAAUAAAAGCCAGGUGAAGUAUUUUACUGUGAAGCAGCAGCAGCAGUGAAGGUAUGAGUCCACAUGCGAGGGCACAAGAUGCUUCCCAGUUUUGCCUGCCUGACACGGCUACCAGAAUGCAUUGCACUGCUUCCUAACUAAACAUUGAAUAGAGGACAUGAAAACAUUAGCUUUACUCUGUUAGCAUUAAACAUGUGUUGGUCUAGCUCUGAUACGUCUGCAGAGCGUGAGCAGCCUCACACUCUCAGACAGUAAUGCUGAUCACAAGCUGCAUCGUUCAUGUGACUUAAAUCUGAAGGAUUACAACGAACAGAAAAACAUUCCUUCAUUUAAUGAUCAGAAGCAGAGCAGCAACAAAAAAAAUUGAGAAUGAGAAUCUGGACUUUGAUCACGAAACACUGAAGAAGAAAUCACUCCUGUCUGAUAUUUGAUUUAAACGCUGCACUAGCGGGAGAGAAGCUCCUCGAACACUUUACUUGAAACACUGUUGUUCAUUCUGUUUGUCUGCUGGGGACACGGAACAUUUAAGGACCAAGCUGGUGAUUUUCUGUCUGUUUCUUCUUCAUGUCAACAAAUCACUUGAAAAGACCAAAGCCAUGGAUGUGUUUGUAAGGUGACUUCCUGUCACGUUUGCAGUGCUCUGCUCCGUGAUUAGCUUAUUAAUUUAUCAGCCAAACUGAAAGAAAUAAUGUUUUUGUCUGGGACAAUUUUCAGCAGCGGAUUAAUCUACACCUGGUGCUCUUGGUGUAUUUGUGGCAGCAGGAUGGUGUGUGUAUGUGUGUGUCUGUGUGCGCACAUUCAUGGUAAUAAAGGAACAUGUCACCCACUUUUUGCAGCAACACCAGAGCUCUACGACAGAGAAAGAAGAUAAAUCACAAAACACACAAACUAUUUGAGUCUGAGAUUUGUUGACUGUAAGAAAAGCCGGACAUAACCCGCCUGAUCCUUCAGAGUCACUCCUCAGUCUUCUAGGUGUUUUGUGCCUUUGCUUACUUACUAACAGUCGCUGUACAAUGAGGUCAUGGUGUUGCAUUUAUUAGUGUGAUUGUGUGUGAAGUCGUUUAACAGAGAAUCACAGAAAAUACAA